AUGAUGAGAAGUAUGAAUUUACAAUACUUAUGCUGCCAUUAUAAGAGUAUAAGAUUACUGAAGACACGUGCAGACGACAAUAAUGAAAUUGAAGAUGAUUUUGAAAAAAUUAUUGAUAUGAUAGAUAAGGAAAGAUUUGGUCCUUCAGAUGAAACAGAUCCUCCAGGUUGGGAAUCGGAUACCACAUAUGAAAAAGAAAUACGUGUUGGUAAAGUGAAGAAAGGAGGAAAAUUGGGACCAGGUAAACGUAUAGAGCGUGUAAUAUUAAAGAAGAAGAAACCUUUCGGCAAAAAUGAUUCUAGACCAGGUUUCUCAGAUUGGGAAUAUACAGAGGAAGAUGAAAGAGAACUAUUCGUCAAGGAAUAAACAACUAUAAGAGAUUCCAUAAUGAAGAGAAUACAAGAUGAGAAUCCUCUGCUAUAUUUAGUGAAACAGGAUAACAUUUAAUGAAUUGUUCGAAUAUAAAUGAUUUUAAUUAACUUUAUUAGUAUAUUUUUUCUUUAUUAUCCUAAUGCAUUUUCCCUUGAAUGAUUGAAUUUACGGUAAAAU